AUGGUUGAUCUGGGGUUCGAUUCAGGGGAAUACUCAAAAGCAUUUCCUGUAUCUCAACCUCCACACGAACCUCGUCUCUUUUUCUUCUUCACACAAUGCCUCACUUCGUCUUCCUCCUCUCCCUCCCUGCCUCUCUCUCUGGCCACAGAAAUUGGAACAAUUCCUUUUGUCAAUAAAAUAUUCCCAACAGAAACAAAAGCAGAGCUAGUAGGAGCUUUGGCCGGAGAGAAAAGUGAGAGGGAGACAGAGGGAGAGCUUUAUGCUCAAAUUGUCAAAUUUGGUUUUGAUUUUGAUAAUUUUGUGAUGAAUUCAUUGAUUUCUGCUUUUGCUAACUGUGGUUAUAUGGAGGAUGCACGCCAAGUGUUCGGUGAGAGUACGCAGAAGGAUGUGGUUGCUUGGACUUCCUUGAUUGGUGGGUAUGUGAGAAAUAACUGUGCCCUACAAGGAUUGAGGUGCUUUAUGGAGAUGAGAUCGACGGGUGUUAGAGUUGAUGAGGUGACCGUUGUUGGUGUACUCUGUGCGGCUGGAAUGGAGGGUGAUAUUUGGUUUGGAAAGUGGGUUCAUGGGUUUUACGUAGAAGCAGGGAGAGUACAAUGGGAUGUUUAUAUAGGCAGUGCUCUAGUUGAUAUGUACUCCAAGUGUGGCAACUUUGAAGAUGCCCGUAAUGUUCAAAGUAAUCACAAAGGAAUUAUAAAGUGUUGGAAAAAAAAGAGAAAGGCACAGGAGAGUGUGAGCGGCCAUGGAAAAGGUUGGGUGAGAGGGCAAGUGAUCGGCAAAGGAAGUUUUGGGUCGGUUUUUCUCGCCACCUCGAAAAAACCCGGAUCACGGUUCUCUUGUUUCCCGUCGUCCAUGGCUGUGAAAUCCGCAGAGGUAUCUGUUUCGGCCACGCUUCAGAAGGAGAAAGAGGUUCUCGACAACGCCAAAGACUGCCCUUACGUGAUUGGCUGCUUUGGGGAAGAGAUUACAACCCGAGAGGACGGUGAGAAGGUUUACAAUUUGUUAUUGGAGUAUGCUUCUGGAGGAACCUUAGCCGAUUCAAUCGAGAAUUCUGAGGGUUGUGGGUUACCUGAACCUGAUGUCAAGCGCUGCACCAAGUCGAUCCUUAAAGGGCUUCGUCACAUUCAUGACUGUGGUUAUGUGCACUGCGACCUAAAGCCUGAGAAUGUUUUGCUUGUGCCCACUAUUAAUUCUAGAGGUAAUUUUGUGGCAAAGAUCGGGGAUUUUGGGUUGGCGAAGAGGGCAGCGCAGAGUAAGAAGAGGAGGCUCGACUUGGACCUUUACUUGAGAGGCACUCCUCUGUAUUUGGCCCCUGAUACCAUCGUGGAGACUUGCUUAACACUUCCCUCUGAUAUUUGGGCUAUGGGAUGUGUUGUGUGUGAGAUGCUUACUGGGAAAUCCCCUUGGGAAAGAGCAGAAGAGUUGAACACAGAGGAUCUUUUGCGUUUGAUUGGUGAUGGUCGGGAAUUGCCUAAAAUUCAGAGUGGCUGCAUCUCUAAUGAGGCAAUGGGUUUCUUGAAGGCAUGUCUUGUGAGGAAACCUAUGUUCAGAUUCACGGCUGAGAUGCUAAUGGAUCAUACAUUUCUGGCUGGUGUAGGCAAACAUGAUUAUGAGGUGAGUGAUGAAGGACUACUGGACGUUCAUGAUGAAGAACUACUUGCUGCUUCCAAUUCUUCAUGGACCGAGACUAACUCAGAGCUCAGUAGUUCUUCUUUUUCGGGUGAUUUGAGCUUGGCUUCUGAUGAUGAUUCGGCCUUUUGUUCUUGGCAGAAAGAAGUUGAAGAUGUGGAUUUGUAAUUCAUUGGGAGCUCAGAUAAAGAAGUUCAUCUUUUAGGCUCUUUGAACGGCCUCAC